AUGCCUUUUUCAGGUGUAGUUUCUGGUUCGUUGAAGCGCCGAAGAGACGAGAAGGACGGGCUUUCAGAUCUUGCCCAGCGUAAGGAGCAGCGAUCCUGUGGCAUGAUGAUCGGCAAGAGUAACGGCGUUUACGUCGCUUCUAUGGGUGCUGCAGAGCAGGCGCGGCUUAACGGUGCGGCUUUGUUUUACUCGACUCAGAAAUCGGUUUUUCCGGAGCUCCUGCCUGCGGCAGCCGCGGAAGCUGACGUGGCCUUCCCGUCGGGUCCCUCCGGUGUGGUGAGUCCUGUGUGGGAGUCGAACUCGGGACUUCUAGCAGGCUCUUUACUAGGAGGGUCCUUAACAGGCGCUCUGGCAGACUCGCCGGUUUUGUACGAGGAGCGGUUCGCUGAUCCGUUAUGGAAUCACGGACUGACGUACUCGGUUUAUCCGGCAGAUUAUAACGCGGACGGCGGACUAUUCGUGACAGCGGCUGCAGCGGGCGCGGGAGAGGAUGCAGGUGAUGACUAUAACGGGGAUGCGGUGGACGUGCCGCGGAUCGACUCAUCGGCGCAUAUUAACGAUCUUAUAGCGCAGUACUCGCGAGCAGACGUUGUCGCAGCGGCUGACGCGGCGGAAGCGACGGCAGCGGCAACUCUCGUUUUUCCGUCUGACAACGUGUCCGCAUCUCGCGGAUUUUCGUCCUCGUUCCGUCAGCCGCUACUUGACGGCCCGGCUGGUUCCGCCGGCGCGGGUGCGUGGUUGGAAAAGUCGGCUGUGCGCUCUGACAAAUUCUCAUUGUCGGAGCCGCGUUUGGCUUCUGAUUCCCGUGAUUGGAUGGUCGCGGCGCCGUACGACCGCUUUAAUCGGCUUCCGGGAGUCGCGGAGGAGGUUGACGAGCCGCGGGAAUCAGGAAUCAAGGAGAAUGACACGUGGGAGGUGCUGCGGGCAGGCAAGCGUUUGCGGACGGGCAAGGAAGCGCAGCGGGCAGAUUCACGGGCAGACGAUGCAUCGCCGGCAGGGGUCGAGACUCGAGCGGUGAAGGAGACGAGGCGUGAUGCUGAGCGCGCCGCGGCUGAAGAGAAGGAGAAGGACCCUACCGGUGCAACGACAGGUGCCGCGGAUGCAGAGACGAGCCUUGCGUCUGGAAGCCUUGCAGCGGGAUUGCUCGCGGGUUGGGCCCACGCGACGGCUGUAGCGGAGUUGCCGGCUGCAGCAGACGCUGUAGCUGAGGUGCCGGCUGUAGCGCUGGAUGGCUCUGCGACGCCGUAUCACACGCCGCACAUGACGCCUUAUCACACGCCGGAGCGCCAGGUAGGCGCUGACGUGGCGGGUCUCCAGGCGGCGCAGGGAUUAGCGGACGAGUGUGCUCCUGGCCCGGGAUCACGGGUUGACGUGGCGGCUCCAGGGACGGGGAUCGCUGAGCUGGGCUCGCUGGAGGACACGUGGCAGGGUGGAGUUUCAACACACUGGGGUGUUUUACCCAAUUGGGUGCUGGAGGAGCUGGAAGGGGCAGGAGUAGAGGAGGGGGUGGAAAAGAAAGACGAUCUUGAGGACUAUAUGGAGGAGGCUUUUAGCGAGGAUGAGGGUCUGCAGGUGCUGGUGCGAGCCGAUUCCCAUGAGAGCUCCACUGCUGCCCCUUCUGUGUACAGUCCGUGGUCCAGAGUGGUGGAGAGUGGUGUUAGAGCUGCAGAGGAGGGGGAGACACAGGUAGUUAAGAAGCAGCAGCAGGAGGCGGAGGAGGAGAAGGAGGGGAAAGGGAAGCAAGGGGGGCAGCAGCAGGAUGUGCCUUCUGCAUGGAUGAACGGCUGUGAUUCGAUUGAUCUGGGGCUUGAGUAUGCUGCAGUGGAGGAGUCGGAAGGAGGUGAGGAAGGGGAGGAAACUGACGUGGCGACUGGAGAAGCUUCUGGGAAAGACUCUGUGUCGCAUGCACGGAGGGAGGAGGAUGAAGGGGGGGAGGAGGGAGAGGAGGGGCUUGGAGAGUCAGCAGCGGUGGGGAGUUCUGAUGCAGAUGAUGGGGCAGAUUAUGAUUCCGAUGCUGAUGCUGCUGGUGAUGCUGAUGCUGCUGGUGAUGGUGAUGGUGAUGGUGAUGGUGAUGGUGAUGGUGAUGGUGAUGGUGAUGGUGAUGGUGAUGGUGAUGGUGAUGGUGAUGGUGAUGGUGAUGGUGAUGGUGAUGCUGCUGAGGAUGGUCCUGGUGUAUGGGGUAUUGGUACUGUAUGGGGCAUUGGUAAUGUAUGGGGCAUUGGUACUGUAUGGGGUAUUGGUACUGUAUGGGGUAUUGGUACUGUAUGGGGCAUUAGUAGUGUAUGGGGCAUUGGUAGUGUAUGGGGUAUUGGUACUGUAUGGGGUAUUGGUACUGUAUGGGGCAUUAGUAGUGUAUGGGGCAUUGGUAGUGUAUGGGGUAUUGGUACUGUAUGGGGUAUUGGUACUGUAUGGGGUAUUGGUACUGUAUGGGGUAUUGGUACUGUAUGGGGUAUUGGUACUGUAUGGGGUAUUGGUACUGUAUGGGGUAUUGGUACUGUAUUGGAACACAAGAAAGGGAGGAAAGAUCUGUGGCAGAAUUCAGGGGCAAGAUAA